AUGGAGGGCCAGAACGAGAACGAUGAGCUCUACCCCAUCGCCCACGACGAUGUUCUUCUCAGGCUCAAUGCCAUUCACCGUCUAUCCACGAUCGCGCUCGCACUAGGGCCCGACCGAACCCGGGAAGAGCUCAUCCCAUUUCUUGAUGAUUCCGUCGAGGAUGAGGACGAAGUUUUAACUGCGCUGAGCGAAGAGCUGGGCAAUUUUACAGAAUAUGUCGGGGGUCCGGAAUACGGGCACGUGUUGCUCUCCCCGCUGGAGAAUUUGGCGGCUAUCGAGGAGCCGCUGGCCGUUGAAUCUCUCAACAAAGUAUGCGAGCAACUCUCGGAGAGCCAAGUUGAGGAGUAUUUUGUCCCGCUCGUCCUCCGCUUGUCAAAGGCAGACUGGUUCACCUCGAAGGUCUCUGCGACUGGUCUUUACUCCACACCAUACAAGAAGGCUACCCCGUUGCAACAAAGCCUCCGACAACACUUUGGAGCUUUGGUACACGACGAAACCCCGAUGGUGCGGCGACAGGCGGCCAACAAUCUUGCCAAGUUUGUCAAGGAAAUGCAAAGCCAGGUCGUCAUCGAUGAAAUAAUUCCCCUCUUCCAAUACUUGGCGAGCGAUGAUCAGGACAGCGUUCGUUUGCUUACCGUUGACAUUCUUAUUGCAAUUGCGGAGGAAAUUCCCAAAGAACAGCAACCCAGCCACGGCGUCUUGUUGACAUCGCUGCGGAAUCUGUUUGAGGAUCAGAGCUGGAGAGUCCGAUACAUGGUUGCCGAUCGAUAUGAAAAGAUUGCCAAAGCUGUCCACGAAGAGGUUGUCACCCGUGACAUGGUGCCUGCCUUUGUCAAGCUCCUCAAAGACACAGAGGCCGAGGUCCGCACCGCAAUUGCUGGCCAAAUUCCUGGCUUCUGCCAUUUGAUCGAUCGCGACACUCUCCUCAAUGAGAUCAUGACUAGUGUUGAAGACCUUGUCUCUGACCCCUCUCAGCACGUCCGGGCUUCUCUUGGUACUCAGAUCAGCGGGCUCGCGCCUAUCCUGGGCAAGGAAGAGACUAUUGCCCACCUACUCCCCAUGUUCCUCCAGAUGCUUAAGGAUGAAUUCCCCGACGUCCGACUGCACAUCAUCUCGAAGCUCGAGCAAGUUAACAAAGUCAUUGGUAUCCAGCUUCUCUCCCAGUCUCUUCUUCCCGCCAUUGUUCAACUGGCCGAGGAUAAGCAAUGGCGUGUUCGCCUUGCUAUCAUUGAAUAUAUUCCACUCCUUGCCAGUCAACUUGGAGUCGAGUUCUUUGACGAGCAGCUGAGCGAUCUUUGCAUGGGCUGGCUCGGAGACACUGUCUUCUCCAUCCGAGAGGCUGCCACUGAAAACUUGAAGAAACUGACAGAGGUCUUCGGUGUGGAGUGGUCAAAAGCUUCUAUCAUUCCCAAGGUGAUGGCCAUGGGUCAACACCCUAACUAUCUUUACCGCAUGACGACGUGCUUUGCUGUUUCUACUCUUACUCCUGUUGUCAACCUCGAAAUUAUUGAGAACUCUCUCCUCCCUAUCCUGGAACGCCUAGUGACGGAUGAAAUCCCCAACAUCCGUUUCAACGUCGCCAAGUCCUACGCCGUUCUUAUCGCCACGCUGCGUCGUCUGCCGGCCGAUAAGACCUUGGUUGAGGUGGAGAAGUCCGAAGAGUCUAUCGCACCCUCACCUCAGAGCCUGGAGUUGAUUCAGUCAAGGGUUGUGCCCAGCCUGGAGAAGUUGCAGGAGGAUGACGAUGUGGAUGUCCGAUACUUUGCUACAACUGCUGGUGUCAAUCCUGAUGAGAUGCAGACAUCUCCUUGA